GAGGUUGGUGGGGCAGCCGGCGUGGGCGGCGUCACUGAGCCGCGCCAGCUGAGCCAGGUGGGGCCCUACCCUCUUCUGUUGCUUUUUGCCUGUGGCUCGAGCCGUCUCCCGCCGCCCGUCGACCCCGCUUCCAUGUCCCUGGCGGGCACAGCUCCCCGGAACCUCCACGCCCAUGGCCACUAGGCAGAGGGAGUCCUCUAUCACCUCCUGCUCUUCCACCUCGAGCUGCGACGCAGACGACGAGGGCGUGCGCGGCACCUGCGAAGAUGCUUCCCUGUGCAAGAGGUUUGCAGUAAGCAUUGGCUACUGGCAUGACCCUUACAUCCAGCACUUUGUGAGGCUGUCUAAAGAGAGGAAAGCCCCUGAAAUCAACAGAGGAUAUUUUGCUCGAGUCCAUGGUGUCAGUCAGCUUAUAAAGGAGUUUCUACGGAAGACAGAAUGUCAUUGUCAAAUUGUCAACCUUGGGGCAGGCAUGGAUACCACCUUCUGGAGAUUAAAGGAUGAAGAUCUUCUCCCAAGUAAAUAUUUUGAGGUUGACUUUCCAAUGAUCGUCACGAGAAAGCUGCACAGUAUCAAAUGCAAGCCUCCCCUAUCCAGCCCUAUUCUAGAACUGCAUUCGGAGGACACACUUCAGAUGGAUGGACACAUACUGGAUUCAAAGAGAUAUGCCGUUAUUGGAGCAGAUCUCCGAGACCUGUCUGAACUGGAAGAGAAGCUAAAGAAAUGUAACAUGAAUACACAAUUGCCAACACUCCUGAUAGCUGAAUGUGUGCUGGUUUACAUGACUCCAGAGCAGUCCGCAAACCUCCUGAAGUGGGCAGCCAACAGUUUUGAGACAGCCAUGUUCAUAAACUACGAACAGGUGAACAUGGGUGAUCGGUUUGGGCAGAUCAUGAUUGAAAACCUGCGGAGACGCCAGUGUGACCUGGCGGGAGUGGAGACCUGCAAGUCGUUAGAGUCACAGAAAGAACGGCUCCUGUCGAAUGGGUGGGAAACAGCAUCGGCCGUCGACAUGAUGGAGUUGUACAACAGGUUACCUCGAGCUGAAGUGAGCAGGAUAGAAUCACUUGAAUUCCUGGAUGAAAUGGAGCUGCUGGAGCAGCUCAUGCGGCAUUAUUGCCUUUGCUGGGCAACGAAAGGAGGAAAUGAGCUCGGGCUGAAGGAGAUAACUUCUUAAUCUGUCGAAGGCUUAUGCCGAGCCAGAAGCCGAAGCCACUUGCCCUCCUGGAGGAGACCUGUGAGCUCCCUGAGCGGUAGGCGGGCCUCUUCCGCAGGUCUCAUCCCACAUUCUUGAGAAGCCUCGGUCACUACAAUGAUCGCACAUGUUCCUCUUCCUGUUCCUGUUGACAUGUCGUUGUUUAAAUAAAUCUCACUUGCCACCAGUC